AUGUGGUUCCUGGUCCUGUACCUCGUCCUGCCCCUGGGGGGCACAGGUGCUGUGCCUCUUACCCAGCCCCGCAUCGUUGGAGGCUGGGAGUGCCAAGAGCAUUCCCAACCAUGGCAGGUGUCUGUGCACGAUUUCCACAAGCCUCAGUGCGGGGGUGUCCUGAUAGAUCCCAAGUGGGUGCUCACGGCUGCACACUGCAAAAGCCAGCAUCUCCAGAUCUGGGUGGGCGCCCACAACCUGGAUGAUUUGAAAGAUCCAGCUCAGUUUGCUGAAGUUAGCGCCAGCUUUCCACACCCAAGCUACAACGUAACUUCUGAGAACAGCCCUUACAUCUCCCCAGAUGAGGACCACAGCUCUGACCUCAUGCUGAUUCGCCUGAAGAAUCCCGUGAAGAUCACAAAUGCUGUGAAGGUUCUGGGCCUGCCCACCACGGAGCCUGAAGUGGGCAGUACCUGUAUUUUCUCAGGCUGGGGCAGCAUCGAUCCAAGUGGUGAUGUAUAUCCAGAUGAUUUGCAGUGUAUAGACAUGAAAAUCUUUAAGAAUGACGUGUGUACCAAAACCCACAACCAUAAAAUAACGGCGUCUAUGCUCUGUGCUGGGCAUUUGGAAGCAGGCAAAGCCAUCUGUUCGGGUGACUCGGGAGGCCCACUGGUCUGCAAAGGCGUGUUGCAGGGUAUCCUGUCUUCGGGUCGCUUCCCAUGUGGCAAAUCCGGAGCGCCAGCUGUCUACACCCGAGUGAUUUCAUACGUUACCUGGAUCCGAGCAACCAUGGCGGCCAACCCCUGA